GUGGUUCCGUGAACGCGCGCGGAUUGUCCACCAUCUCAAGCGCUUCGGGCGGUGACAUCUCUCUUAUCAUUUAUCCCGCUAACAUACAACUUUCUCCCUCCCGUGGACACUGCUUUCCUUGGUGUGUCAAGUGGACGGACGGAUUAUGUUCAGCUCUGGCCCGGGACCAUUAUGUGCGUGGAUUACGGAGUAUUUCCAGUUUGUAGCCUCUUCUCACCGUCUAUUAUUUUAAAGGGAUGAAACGGAAAAGAGCACAUAUCCUUCACCAAAGCAAUGAGUGAGUCAUCAGCUUUUCACUCAGCAAAGCUUGUGUCACUGGCGCGGUCUCUGUCUGGGUUUGGACUCGAUGCUGCCAAUGGAGGACCUGUCACCCCCCCUGAGACCAAUGUACCCCCUCCACUGGAAUCUGGCAUUGAUCUAGGACCUGGACUCUUUUUUGCUGAUGGCAAGAGAAAAGUGGACUACGUACUCUGCUACAAAUACAAAAAGAGGCGAGGUUCUAAGCCUCGAUUGUCCAUUUCAUCCAAUGGGAAUUUGCCAAUAAUUCUACCAAUUCGACUGGAGCCAGAAGGAGAAUCCGGGGAGGCAGGUGGAGCAGCAGGAGAUGCAGAAGACUCAAAGCUUUCUGGGGAGGAGAAGGCUCUGAUGAGGGAGGAGUUUGAAGCAGGACUGCUGGAGGCCGGACUACAGAUUGAACGUGACAAAGAGAGGUUAAAUGGCAUCAGCUUUAUUCGACUGCACAUUCCUUGGACAAUCCUCAGUCGCGAAGCAGAAUUGCAGAAGAUUAAAGUAGCUGUAAAAAAGAAAUGUGAACUGAGGAAAAGGACAGGCAUCGCUGGAAUGUGGGAUACCGUCGUCACCCAACUGAACCGACCAUUUCAGCCUGAUGUCCCCGACAACGACAUCCACAAAGACUUGCAGUCGCGUGUCCAUUUCAAAACUCUCAAACACUCAUUCAUCAGAGAUAAGCUCCACUUGUACGACAUCAAGUCAACAGCAACUUUAUUUGACAAUGCAACGCGAAGCAGAAUAGUUGCGGAGAUUAUUGCCCGCACUACCUGCACGCGGACUUGCCAAACCACAGGCAUCAACUCAUUGCUGGCUCGAGGAGUUUACAUUUCUGCCUUUCCUCUGCACGAUGGUUCGUUCACACGGAGAGGAAGAAAAGAUCAACGAAAUGACAGACAGCUUCUCCAUGAAGAGUGGGCCAACUAUGGAGUCAUGUUCAAAUAUCAGCCUGUUGACCUGAUCAGGAAGUACUUUGGAGAGCAAAUUGGGUUAUAUUUUGCCUGGCUGGGUGUUUAUACUCAGCUUCUCAUUCCACCCUCUGUGCUGGGCAUUAUUGUCUUCCUGUACGGCAUAUUUACCGUAGACACCAAUGUGCCAAGUCAGGAGACAUGUGAUGACAACCUGAACAUCACAAUGUGUCCGCUGUGUGAUGCCGUGUGUGAUUACUGGCGCCUGAGUUCCGUGUGCUCACUGGCCCGAGCCUCCUACCUGUUCGACAACGGAGCUACUGUUCUCUUUGCUAUCUUCAUGUCCCUGUGGGCUGCAUGUUUCCUUGAGCACUGGAAGAGGAGACAGGUGUGUCUGAAACAUUCGUGGGACCUGACGAGCAUGGAGCAUGAAGAGGAUCGAGUUCAGGACGAACUGAGACCUGAAUAUGAAGAAGCCCUUCAGGAAAAGAAAGCUAAAUUGAAAACACAGGCUAAAAAGAAGCUGACUCAAGCUGGAGAAGGCGUAGAUGGAGAAACCGACCAGAUGCUGGCCUCCCAGCCAGAGCCCGAGUCCUUGGACAUUGAGGAUCACCUGUCAGGUUAUGUCAUCAAUGUGUCCACGUUACUGCUGCUGAUUUUUGUCACCUUUUCUGCGGUAUUUGGAGUAGUAGUUUAUCGUAUCUGCAUGUUAAGUGUGUGGUCAAUGAACCCUGAUCCGGAAGCCAAGGCCAGUGUCAGGAUGACCGUCACCACCACAGGCAUCGUCCUCAACAUGCUGGUUGUUCUGGUGCUGGAAGAGGUCUAUGGAGCGAUCGCUGUGUGGCUGACCGAGCUUGAACUUCCUAAGACAGAGGACGAGUUUGAAGAGAGGUUAAUCUUUAAGUCUUUCUUUCUGAAAUCCAUGAACGCCUUUGCCCCUAUUUUCUAUGUUGCCUUCUUCAAGGGCAGGUUUGCUGGGCGGCCUGGUGAUUAUGUUUAUGUCUUUGGAGACUAUCGCAUGGAGGAGUGUGCUCCUCCAGGCUGCCUCAUUGAGCUGUGCAUCCAGCUCAGUAUGAUCAUGCUCGGAAAACAGCUCAUUCAAAACAAUGUCUUUGAGAUUGUCAUCCCUAAAAUGAAAAAGAUGUACAGAACGAUACAAGAAGAAAAAGGAAAGAAAAGAGCAGCGGAGAACGAGGAUGACGAUACGGAAGAGAUAAGACCAAAACAACAGUUUGACAAAGAUUUUGCUCUUGAACCAUUUGAGGGUGUUAGUCCAGAGUACAUGGAGAUGAUUAUCCAGUACGGAUUUGUGUCUCUGUUUGUGGCCUCCUUCCCGCUGGCGCCUGCAUUCGCUCUGCUCAACAACGUCAUCGAGAUUCGCCUGGACGCUGCGAAAUUUGUCACCGAGAUCCGGCGACCCGAUGCAGUCAGGUGUAAAGACAUAGGGAUUUGGUACAACAUUCUGUGUGGAAUCAGCAAGUUCUCUGUCAUUACCAAUGCAUUCGUCAUCUCCUUCACGUCGGAGUUUGUUCCAAGAAUGGUCUACCAGUACAUGUACAGCGGGAACGGCACCAUGAGCGGCUACACGGAGCACUCGCUGUCCUACUUCAACGUCAGCAACUUCUCUCCUGGCACAGCGCCAACCACCACACUCAUCGCCGGUGUCACCAUGUGUAGGUACAAGGACUACAGAGAUCCGCCAUGGGCACCAGAUGCCUACACUUUCUCCAAACAGUACUGGUCCGUCCUUGCUGCUCGGCUGGCUUUUGUAAUAUUCUUCCAGAACCUUGCCAUGUUCCUCAGCAUGCUGGUUGCUUGGAUGAUCCCAGACGUGCCCCGAUCGCUGCGAGAACAGCUGAAAAAGGAGAACAUGGCGUUGAUGGAGUUCUUGCUAGAACAAGACCAGGAAGCAUGUGCCAAAACGCUCUCCCAAAAACACUCAACGCCCUGCUUUCCUGCCAACAUAGAGAUUGUAGUGGAGGAGGCACCAGAGAGGGAGGACGCGUGCCAAGUGGGCGAGAAAGAGGAAGAAGUGCGGGUUGAGAUCAACCUGGAAGAACCCGGAGGGUUUGAUACCGACCCAGAGGUAUAUAAAUCAUUUGAAGAAGCUGAAAAUAACGGGGAAGAUGAGCCAAGGGGUGAGGAGUGUGGGGAAGCUGGUGAGGCGGAAAGCAAAGAAAAGGAAGAAAACGGAGAAGUGAGCGAAGAGGAUGCGGGAGAAAAAGAGGAGAGUAGAAAAAACGACGAAGGUGACGUUAAUGAAACAAAGGAAGCUGAGGAGGAGAACUUUACCGUAGAUCUGGACUCUUUCAUGAGUGAGUUGGGUCUGUUAGAUGAAGAGCCUUCAUCAAGCGCGGCUGUGGAAAAGGAGCUCCCCCUCUCAGACUUCAAGCAAGGUCAACAGAAAGUCAGGGAACCUCCGUCCCAUCCCUCAUCCCACAGAGGCUCGUCCCAGAGUCUGAAAGGCUCCAGGCCCGACGUUACAACAUCCAACGUUGGAACCAGGAUGUUGUCUCUAAUCGCUCCUCCUCCCAGAGAGCCAGACUCCAGGGUAAAAUCCCGCUGCUCCACCCUUCCUUCCCGUUACAGAGGGGCCGAGGCUUUCUACAGCCUGCCCCGGCCCAGCCUCUCCACCAGCCUCACCAAGCUCCAGCAGGAGCCCUCGCUCACUCCCCUGGUCCCUUUAGGCUCCGCGUCCCCCAAAGCGCUCUCUCCCACGCACAGCCCCGUUUCCCGCUCACCACCGCGGGCCGCACUGACACAACAGCCCCAAGCCUCGCGGGAACUUUUCAUGCUGAAAGGCCCUCCGCCUCAGCUGCCGCGCUCCAGGGGCAACACCCGCUGCUCCACCCUGCCUCCCCGACAGAGAGCGCCCGGUCCCGAGGAGGCAGCCUCCAGGCCAAGCCAUUCUUCCAGCUGCGCCAAGCUUGGAGAACGCAUCCCUCCUUCACCCAGUGAGCUGAAGCACAGUAACACUCGGGUUUAAGAAGAGCAGCGAGUAGAGGCUGAAGGCUGCAGAGGGAAGGAGAGGACUGACCAGAAUAGCCUCUCCUGGUUGUGCGUGAGGCCGCAACCCUCCCGCUUACAACUGGGCUCUAAGGAAAGACCAUCCCGGACAAAAGGACGUCCUUUUCAUCCUUAUAAUCGUCACAGAUGUCACACUAUUUAUAUCAUUUUUUUUAUAUCGAUUGGAGUUUUAGAGCUGAAGAGUUCAGAGAAAAGUUCCUCAGAAACUCUUUUUUUUUUUGCCAUAACCGACUUGUUCUCUUUCUAUUUCACUUCACUUUUGAGUGUUGUUUCAUUUUCAUCACUUGGAUUUCUCAAAGAGGCGCCGCAGUGUUGUUAUUUGCAUUUAUUUUUUAUCGUCGGAAUUGUUUUACACACAUGGAGCGAUGCUGCCGUGUAGACCCGUUGGAAGAUGACAACUAGAAUCAAGAGCUCUGCUUGUAGCUUUUUCUGUUUAUUUUCAGUGAUUUUGAUAAAUAAAAGAUGUAAAAUUCUAAUAAAACAACCACAUAUUUUUGAAGUUGUUUUUUUUGCC